AUGUCGAUCAACACGGGACAUGGCUUGCCAUUUUUGCCAGGAAACACCUUUCGGGAUGUUACGAAGUCAGCUCACCAUCGUCCUCAAACCCUGUCCUAUAAGAAUGGCUAUGCCCUGCCGCACCGGCCCAAGGUUGGCAUCGGACAAGCCCCUCUCCUGUCCAGUGAGCUGACCCAGAGUGAGAUCAACCAGUUUUCCAAUCAGACGUCUGCUCUCACCUAUGGCACCACCCACUACAGCCCGGCACUGGACUUCAUCCCUGCUCAUGUCGCUUAUGACAAGAAGGUGCUGCGCUUCUAUGGCUACUUCCAGCAGGAGGUGCUGCACUCGCCCCUGGAGGGUUACCGCGUGCGCCCUGUGGUCCUUUACUACUACCUGGAGGACGACAGCAUGUGUAUCAUGGAACCGGUGGUGGAGAACUCUGGGAUACCACAGGGCAAGCUGAUCAAGCGCCAGAGGCUGCCCAAGAACGACCGCGGCGACCACUACCACUGGAAAGAUCUCAACGUGGGCAUGGACCUGGUAGUGUACGGCACCGUCUACCGCGUCACACACUGUGACAGCUACACACAGGACUUCAUGGAGAGCGAGGGUCUGGUUUUGAGCGACCCUGAGCCGACCCCGGUCGACCCGUACAUCCAGCGGCGCACCCAGGCUGGACGCUCCUACAUCACCCCAUCUGUCUUCGACCGCCUCAAGCAGUUCCUCACCAUGGACCGCAAGGUGCUGCGUUUCUUUGCGCUGUGGGACCACACUGACACUCUGUACGGGGAGGCCAGGCCUGUGACAAUCCAGUACUAUCUGGUGGAUGACUCAGUGGAGAUCCGAGAGGUCCAUGAGCCCAACAGUGGCCGGGACCCCUUCCCUGUGCUGCUACGCAGACAGAGGCUGCCCAAGAACAUCAAACCAGCCUGCAAGCCCUUCCCUAGCUGUGUACUGGAGGUGUCCCCCCAGGAGGUGCACCAGUACUACUCGCCCAAGGACUUCCAGGUGGGCGAGACGCUGCAGCUGAUGGGCCGGCGCUUCCUGCUCUACGACUGUGACGAGUUCACCAAGACCUACUACCAGAAGAACCACCCCGACCUGGAGCUCAAACCCAAACCUGUGGUCAAGAAGAGCACAGAGCUGCACGACAGGCAUGAGGUUCCUCCCUACAAUGGUUUUGGUUCACUGGAGGACUCCCUUCAGAAUUGCCUGUCUCUGAUCCCUGAGCCCCCUAAGAAGGAUCUGAUGAAGAUGCUGGAGAAUGACCACAAAGUUCUGCGCUACGCUGCCAGGAUGGACUCCCAGAAUCCCCAGGACGAGGGCCGCUGCUUCAUCUUCUCCUACUUCCUGUCCAGUGAUAUGAUCAGCAUCUUCGAGAAGUCCACGCGCAACUCCGGCAUCAUCAGCGGCCAGUUCCUGGAAAAGACACGCAUCCCCAAGCCGGGCUGCACCGUGGACAAGCCCGAGUUCUAUGGCCCGGCCGACUUUGCCAUCGGAGACACCGUGGAGGUUUUCAGACACCGCUUUGUACUGACCGAUGCUGACCACUACGUGCUGAAGUACCUGGAGUCCAUCUCGGAUGAACUCCCCUCUCGCACCCUGAACUCCCUGAGACAGAGGCUGGGCGUGGUUGACCAGGAGGUGGACCCCCACACCGACCCGCAGUCAGAGGACAUUGAAAGAGCGGAAGCCUCUUCUUGA